AUGUGGGGGUGGGGAUCAUACGGCUCUCUGAGCUCCUCGUGUAGCUCGACCGACUCCAGCAGCUCUCUCGACAUCUCUUCGCCCAUGGACAUCGCGCCACGAUCGUCGUCUUCAAGGCGUGGCCCCGACCCGGAGUGCGCCUACCCAUCCUGGCCGCGGCGGUCAUCGCUCGGCGAGGGCGAGUCCGAGGAGCGCGCGACGUCUUACAUUACCGACGACGAGCUCUUCAUGGACGUCUUCGACAGCGACGACUGCAGCGACUCCAGCAGCGGCGCCGCUUCCCCGGUACACUCUCCCGUGGGCGCCCCUCCGGCCCUGACCGAGGCCGAGUUCCUCCAGCUCCAGCGCGAACAGCUCGCCUACCAGCGCGAGAUGCGCCGCAUUCUCGUCGCCGAGAAGGAGAUGCGCCGCCGCCAGGCGGAGCAGGACCAGCAGCAACGCCGGCGUCCCGGUCUCAAGCGUCGCACUUCCUCCGGCAAGAAGGUGCCCAAGGUCAAGGUGGCGGCUAUGACUACCAUCACCGAGGCUGAGUGA